CAACAGAGAACAUGACAAGGCAUGGUUCUGAGGAAAUCCCCUGUGUCUGAUACAUAUGUAAUGAGCGGACGAAGGGGAAGUGGAUUGUUUGUGUGUAUAUAUAGUAAAGCCAAACGCCAGUCAACAGCACAGAGCUGUCACUGGAGGAGUCAUUAUGAAGCUGCCGUCUGUUGUCAAAGUUUCUGAGGAUGAAUCUCCAAAGAUCAUUGGGCCGCGUCGCAUCACCAUAAAAGCUCAGCCAGGACAGCGGCUGCUUCUUCACUGUGAGGCGUUUGCAAAUUGUGAACCUGAUCAGACAAUCAUCUACUGGCUUAUCAAUGGCUCUUUCCCUGAGGACACGCCCAGCAGUGGCAGAAUCGUAGAGUCAGAGGAAUCCACGUUGGCGGAAGGUGCAAUCCUUCAGAGGAGUCUGCUGUUGAAGAACAUCACAUCAGAGGACCUCAAAUCCACCUUCACCUGUGUGGUGACCAAUGCUGCUGGAACAGCCCAAAAGUUCACAAGACUAAAAAGGAGUGGUUGUCAUGUGGGAAAAAACAGAAAGCAAUGAAUGUUACUGCAGGAAAAAGUGGAUUUUUUUCUGAGCAAUUUUUCACUCGCAAACUAACUCAUCUUUGACGAGAGUCAACCAAAUCUGUGAAUUUAUGAUGUGAUACUGCUGGGUGGGAGAACUGUGAUGACGAAAAGUUGGGAAUGUGAAACUUGAGGUGCAUUUGGUUCCACAGCGGAACAACAUGUUCUUUUGAUGGCUUCCCCUCAGUGAAGAAAUGUAGCGUGAAAAUGUAGAAAGCGACACCUUCUGAUCCUUUUGGAAAGAAAAAAAAAUAGAAGUAGCUUCUUUAUCCAAGGAACACAAUGUCCAGAUUCAACAUUUCAUGUGGAACUGAAUGCACUCUGUUUACAAUGUUAGUGAACUGUCUAAAUGACUGUUUUUUAAACAACUAUUACACAAAUGUAAUAUCUAUUGACUGUAGAAUAUAUGAAAAAAUAUUGCAGCAGUUCUUUGCUAUGAUUCUGUAUCUUUCCUGUGUCUGUAUACUUUUGAACCACAUUAAAAAUAUACUAUAUAGCAA